AUGGAGCUUCGUGUUGUGAAAUUAACGAUAUUACUUUCAUUUUAUUUAUCUGGCAUUGUAAUAGUUGCGGGAGUGUCGGAUGUGUGGGUGGAGUUGCGAGCGCCGCGGUUCGUCGUGCAUCGCCACAGCGCGCUACUGCGAUGCGAGCACAAUGUUGAUCCAGACUCCCUGUACAAGGUGGUGUUUUACAAACACGGCCAAAGGAUAAUGAAGUACGUUCGAGGUCGAGAUCCACCAUUCGAGCUCUAUAAUUUCACCGGCGCUGAUAUUAACUUAAUACAAUUGACGCCUACAUCCAUUACACUGGAGAAGAUGGAUUUCUCGGCGUCAGGGUCGUACGCUUGCGAAAUCGCACUCGAGACACCUUUGUAUUCAAAAGUAUCCAAACUGCACGAGUUAAACGUUAUUGUCCGUCAGAAAUACCGUCCAAAGAUUAAAAUUAAGCACAAGAAGCUGUCGUCCAACGAGAAUCUAGAAGCGACUUGCCAAAGUGCACCCGCUCAUCCAGCGCCGCAUCUCACCUGGUUUAUUAAUCAUAUGAAGGUGGACGAAAGGCUGAUAGAACCGCACGGCACUUGGAACGUCCACCGGCACCAUCACGGUAUGCCGUUGUCCCUGACAAACUCUUCGCUCCACUUCCCGCUGUCCAGCCUGCAGCUGUUCCCCAACCAGACCGUCGAAAUCACAUGUCUCAGCACAAUACCGAGUUACGCCAACGUUGGCGAGGGCUUCGCCGAUCUUCAGAAUCACACUGUUACUGUGAAUGUGAUCCGUAUGGAGCAGCCGCCCACGCAACUUCCCGUCAAGAUUAUCAGUCUCGAGCAGAACUCUUCAAAUCGCUGCGGAUUUCAUUGCGCACUAGUUACAUUAUUGUACUCAAUGUAUUAUUUCAUUAAGAUAUAU